AACAGUGAGAUUCAGAUGGAGAAUUUUCUCUUCCUUCUGGAAAGUGUUGAUACUGCAUGGCUGACCCCCAGCUUCAGUACUUGGGCAAUGGACAUGAUCCUUGCCUUUGUGUGCGGGCUGGGGCUCUUCCACCUAUUAUUACCCCUCCUCCACCUUAACUCACUCUCACCUCCAUCAGCGGAAAACAUUACUGCCCAAAAGGUGGUGAAGAGGGAGCACAGCAAGGUCAGGAAGAAAAUCAGGACCACCAAAGCUUGCAGAGGCAGCAGGAAGAAACCAAAGGGGGACGAGGUACUGAUGUCACUUGUGCACAGGAUGCUAGAGAGGCUUGCCAAUACCAUCAGCAUUUGCCAGCUCUUAAGACAAGAUGCCUCAGGUGAAGCGUCCAAACUAGAAGCUACCAAAGUCCACCUGCCACCUAGGCAGCCCACAGAGGAGUCUAUGGCCACCAAUUUGUCCCCAGAGGCUUCCUCCACUCCUCUCAAGGAACAUCUGCUGCCCAAAGAUUCUAAAAACUUAUCACAUGUCCUGAUGAAUUCCUCAGCUUCUAUUAAGUCACAAUUGUCUGUGAGUGCCUCUCAUCUACCCGAGACCUUGACUCAUGGAAGACGCCACUCACCACCAUGGGUACCUUCCUACCCAUCUCAUCCUCCUGAUCCUGUGGCUUGUUCUCCAUCCAUGCCAGAUUCCAGCAUGAAGGCUCCUUGGUUUACUAUUAAACACUACUGACCUCAGAGAGCACACCACUGCCAGGUUUGCCUUCUCCCAUCUCAACAACCCCAGGCCUUAACCACUCAAGCAGGCCUACUUCAAUCAUCCCAGGCCUUGUCCACUCAAUCAGGCCUACUUUGACCACCUCAGUCUUUAACCAUUCAAGUAGGCCUACCCCAACCACCGCAAACCUUAACCACUCAGUAUGCCUGCCUUAACCACUCAAGCAGGCCUACCUUAACCACCCCAGGCCUAAACCACUUAAGCAAGUCUAUCUUAGACCCUUCCUGGUACUAGGUACCUGCCAAAACCUGAUUCCACUCCAAUUUGUCACAUGGUGAGUCCUUGUAAGAACACCUUUCUCUCAGCCUUCAAGAGGUCUCAUUCUGGACAGGCCCCAUACACAGGCAGAUAGAGGCUGGGGAGCCCACUCUCAUCAACCCUGAUAUCCAGGAGGUGCUGGAACUUCAGAUUAAUAAUAAGGUUGAACUAAAAGUUUAGACGGUAAAAGGAAAAGAAAGAUGUGACCAUACCUUGGGCUGUAUGGGCAGGAAUCUGCAGUCCUGGAGCAGCAACCAGGCCACCAUCAGAAACUGCAAAUCAAAACAGUUUUCAGGUUCAUCAGCAGUUAUUUUACCAGAAGGUCUUAGGCAAUCAUUUUCAGCAGAAAUAUAGCCAGCUUUUCUGGGGCCUCCCCUUUCUCCACAGUGAGUCCCUUGUGGCUACUGUCAACAUAGUGUGGUCCCUGUAGGUCCCUCCUCCAUCUUAUUCAACGGACCCUCUACUUACAUCCCAAUACAAGUUAAGACUAAUGUACCUCCACAGCUUUUUUCUCCAAAUCCUUUGCUUCAUAACUUGGUCAAAGCCUAAUCUUUGACUCCAAAUAUGUCCUGGUCCAUAUCUCUACCAGUGGCUGGAAUCCAAACCCAGGACCAUGACCCAUCCUCUCUCCCAAAGCUACCAUGCCAUUCACAUCAAAUUUGGGACUAUGCCCUAUAGCUUCAAGAUCCCAAUUUAUUGUCCCACCUACUGUUCAAUACCUAGAGUGCUACCUUUUGAAGAAGUUUCAAGAAAGGAGUUAUUUACUGGCCAUGGUUAAAAAGUCACAGGAAACAUUUAAUCAACUUACUUCCAAAAGUUGGACCUCCCAGGGAAAGAGUUCUGUUGUCUACCUACCAGGAGAAUUCAUUAACCCCAAGCUCCAAGAACAGCUGAAACAACACAUAAAAAAAUAGGUUCACACAAAACCAGGGACAAUGGUCCUGAAAGGUCCAGCUAUCUCUGGAUCUGAAAAAGUCUCAGGACAAACUCCCAGGGAUGGGUCAGAUAGAAGUUAUUCAUGGGACUUCAUGUUCCUCAGCACUAGCAGAUGAAAGCACCAGCAUCCACGGAGUGUCUCAUCACAGGGCAGAGAGAUAUUCCAACUAUAGAAAGACCCAUGCAAGGAUCUGACAAACUGGGAAGAGCUCUGAAAGAUCUAUACAGGAGCCCGGAAGGUUCCCUAGGCUAAGUACUCAAGGCUGUCUCUGAGGCAGAGGUAGAACAUUGCCAUGAGACACCUGAGAAAUGAUUUGCGAAGUGUUUCCCUGGUGGGAACAGGAAAGAAGCAGCUGGAAGGCACCCUGAAAAACCACUAAAGCAGCAAGUAGAAGCAUACCAAUGACAGGAAGGUGCCCAUGGGCAUUUGUCAGGGAAUACGCAUGGACCAUGCAUUGGUCCCUCCUGAAAACUCAAAGACAAAUACAGAAACUUGGAAAUAACCAUCCUUGAACAAUUCAAUCAUCUGCAAGAAAACUUCUAAUGGGCUCUCCUUCCUAGAUCCUGGCACUUAGAAGGUGCUGGAAACACAUCAUUACAAGAUGCUUAGCGUGGCACAGAUGGAGCCUGCCCCUCAGAGGCCUCAAGACAAUACAUGUUUUCAACGUGAACAAGGCUAUAGCAUUGCCCUUUCCACAGCACUCCAAUUCAUCUUUGUCCUUCUGGGAAUCUGGAGAUGACUCCAUUGUCAAAAUGGCCAGUGUCCUGGGAGAACCUUUUCAGAAAGACUCAGAAGAGAAAGUGAGAAAAACAACUUCCACUAUGAAAUCUCUUUCCACAUAGAACCUUCCUUCUGCCCUCCAGUUUGAAAUCCUGAGACUCCACUUAGUGACAACUCUGGGCCCUCUGAGGCCCCUACAACUGUCCAGGGGGACAGUGUGACUUCUCUGUCCACCUCACAGAGUCUCGUGGGCACAGCUGGGCACAGUAAUGCAGUGGUUGGAUCUUGCACGGGCAACUCAGAGCCAAAUCUAGGCCUAGUCAAGGGUGCAUAUAAGUCACAGAGUGAGGGUGUGGCUUUAGGAGAUAUCUACCAUGGGGUGCCAGUUUGGGAGAUCAGUGUAGCAUCCAAUUCACCAAAUAGUAGGGAUACUUGGGAACUAGAGGAGCCAGAGGAAGAGUCCUGUGACUGGGCACUCAACAUGGAAGCCGGGUAGAUGGCAAACUCUCAAACCAGCAAUGAACAUCUGAGGGAAUCAGAAUCAUUGGAGACCAGUGAAAGUCUAUCCCUUUCUAGAACUAUUUCCCAGGAUCCAGAAGACUUGGGCCUGAGCACACCUCACUGCUUGGCCACUGGUGGUGUACUGCAAGACUGUGCCACUGGGAUGUUCUUUCAAGACUGUGCCCCUGAGUUUAUGCUUGCUGCAGAUAUCCUGGCCUCCAGGGCUUCCCAGUUCAGCUUCAGGACUCUGUCAGCUACAAGCAAGUCAACCUGUCAAGACAGGUACCCUGUCUUGUCAAUGGAAGGGAAUGUCCCCAAGAUUUCCAAACCCACAACCAUGGACUAGCCAUAUCUUUGGUUAGACUGACCAAAAGGACUAUGGAAAUCCCAGGCAGGACGUAUGGCUUUUAGGGAUGAGGCCUGCUCAAGUAUGGUCACAAUGCAUUUCCUCCCCAAUUGCAGAAAAGUUUGAGGAAAAAUUAAAAGCUUUAUGAUGUCAAUUUUGACCCACAAAGGCAAAGUGCAAGAGAUCUUCCCACAAAAAGUCAAGGUCUUAUCAGUCAGGACCCAAAGCCAAAGGUCAGUUGUGAACAGAGUAUUCAUGCCCUGACAGGUCCCUGAAACACAGGACUUAAUGACCUCUGUUGAAUGGUUUCUAGAAGGGAAAUUGGUGAUUCACCUUAGGUGUACUCCCUCAUAGAAAAAUUUGCACCAAGAAACACCCCAAGCCCCAGUGAGUAGACAUGUCUACUCUCAGAAUUUCUAGUGCAGAAUCAGAAAUAUUGGAAGGAAACACUAGCCAUGUUUACCAAGCCACACCCAAGGUACACAGCCAACAUCCCACAGACAAAUGAAUGCCUUAUGGCAACAGCCAGGCCUAAGUGUCUAGAGAACCUGUAUCCCAAGCCAGACCCUAUCAGCACAGGGUACAGGCACCACUGUCCCCAGGACUCCUGGCCCCUGUCUGAAAUGAUGCCUCUGCAGAAGUAUACUGUCUGGAAAAGCAAGUAUUUUUCCAAAUGUACCCAUUAAAAUUAAUCCCUUUCAAAAUUAAACAUUUCCCCUGCAAAACAA